UCUUCUGUUGUGCCGUUGGCUUUGGUUAGGGGGCUGUGGGAGGGAUCUCGCGAUUGUUGGACUUCUUUUUUGUCGGGGGGGGGAGAGUUAUUCGGAAGAUGGCGCCCGUUGUUACGGGGAAGUUUGGUGAGCGUCCUCAGCCUCAGCGCUUGACAAGGGAGGCGAUGAGGAAUUACUUGAAGGAGAAAGAUGAUCAAACAGUGCUCAUACUUCACGCAAAAGUUGCACAAAAGUCAUAUGGCAAUGAAAAAAGGUUUUUCUGCCCUCCGCCAUGUGUGUAUCUGAUGGGCAGUGGCUGGCAGAAGAAGUUAGAGAAUAUGGAGAAGGAGGGUUGCACAGAGCAGGAGGCCCAGCCGUGUGCGUUCAUUGGGAUAGGCAACAGUGAGCAGGAGAUGCAGCAACUCAAUCUGGAGGGAAAGCACUUCUGCACAGCUAAGACACUGUACAUCAGUGACUCAGACAAGAGGAAACACUUCAUGCUGUCUGUGAAGAUGUUAUACGGAAACAGCGCCAACAUAGGAGUUUUCCUCAGCAAGAGGAUCAAGGUCAUCUCCAAGCCCUCCAAGAAGAAACAGUCCUUGAAAAAUGCAGAUUUGUGUAUAGCUUCUGGGACUAAGGUUGCGUUGUUCAACCGUCUGCGUUCCCAGACGGUUAGUACCAGGUAUCUUCAUGUGGAGGGGGGAAACUUUCAUGCCAGCUCCCAACAGUGGGGCGCUUUCUACAUCCACCUCUUGGACGAUGAUGAGUCUGAAGGGGAGGAGUUUGCUGUGAGAGAUGGCUACAUCCAUUAUGGCCAGACGGUCAAACUGGUCUGUUCUGUUACUGGCAUGGCCCUGCCCAGACUGAUCAUUCGGAAAGUGGACAAACAGACGGCAUUGAUGGAUGCAGAUGAUCCAGUGUCCCAGCUCCACAAGUGUGCAUUCUACCUGAAAGAUACAGACAGGAUGUAUCUCUGCCUAUCACAGGAGAGGAUCAUCCAGUUCCAGGCCACACCAUGCUCCAAAGAAACUAACAAAGAGAUUAUUAACGAUGGGGCUUCCUGGACUAUUAUUAGCACUGACAAGGCAGAGUACACCUUCUAUGAGGGAAUGGGCCCUGUCCCCACACCGGUCACACCUGUCCCUGUGGUAGAAAGUCUGCAGUUAAAUGGUGGAGGAGACGUGGCGAUGCUGGAGCUGACAGGACAGAACUUCACCCCUAACCUCAGAGUGUGGUUCGGUGAUGUGGAGGCUGACACCAUGUACAGAUGUGGCGAGAGCAUCCUGUGUGUGGUGCCCGACAUCUCUGCCUUCAGGGAGGGCUGGCGCUGGGUGAGACAGCCGGUACAGGUCCCUGUCACGCUGGUCCGCAAUGAUGGAAUCAUCUAUGCCACCGCCCUUACCUUCACCUACACCCCUGAACCAGGGCCACGACCUCACUGCAGUGCUGCCGGGGCUAUUCUACGGUCACAUAGCACCUCUUCGUCAUCACCAGCAUCGUCAUCUUCACCAUCAUCCUCACUAGGCGGCCUCGGCGAUGGCCAGGGGGUUUAUAACAGUAGUGACUCAGGAAUGUCAUCAGGAGCAUCGACCAUGUCGGUGCUGUCAUAGUGAUACUUAUUCCUGGUGUGUAGGUGUGUGUUGUUGUGUGUGUGUGCGCUGUGAGUGGCUGAGAAAAUGUGUGUGUGUACUUUCCAAAGAGGCUCAUGGACCUGUGAAGAAUUGCACAGAGACUCAGAAACUCUUCAUGAGAGAGCAACUGAGGAAUGCAAAAGAUAGCUGAAAAAAAAGACAAGUUCAAAGAAAAUACUUGGGAUAACUGACUCUUCUCUUUAGCUCCCUCUUGUGGAUUGUUGUGGACAUGUCAUGAGCCCCACUCAGAGGACCUUGAUAUCCAAGAUCUUCACCUUAAAGAAGAUGAAUCUGUCUUCUAACUCUCACAACAACCAGAUUUGUAAAGGAACCACUUCGUUUUUAUUCCCCUGUGGGUUUGAACGCUAUUUUCACUAAGUUUUUUUUUUGUUUGUUUGGGUUUUUUUUAUGUUUUUUACUGUCAAGGUCAUGUUUUUACUGAAAAACUUGCUGAUUUAUAUGUUGUGUGUAAGGGAAACAUUUUGUCGUAAGAGUAACAUAGUUUUUACGGACCAAGGAAUAUUAUUAUAUUAUUUUAUUCUUAUUAUAUUUUAUAAGCUUUUGCUGAGGUACAUUUUGACAUUUUUUUUGUAUGAUAAUACAUAGUAAGUUCAAUUUUGUUACCAAAUAGAGUUUGUCAUGUUGUUUGCUCUUGUUUGAGUUUUGUCUCAGUGGAGUAAUUAAGGUGGAAAUGGCUUUUAGUAAGUCUCUAAUUGUCUGACUGCAGCUUCUCUACUUUACUUCUCACCUCUCUUUUAAUAUCCACUGCUGUGUUUUCAAACUAGAUACCCAAAUGCACACUUACUCAAUUGUCAUAACAGAACCUUUAACAAUUCUACAUGCUGUAUAUUAAUGGAAAAGAAAUGAUGAGACUGGCUUUUUAAGGAGGCACUUUAGAGAAUUAAGACAUGCACACACGUGGCUGCAGUUAUGGGCUUAGCUGCCUGAGAUCCACUGAUCAGUCUCUUGCUACUCUUUAUAUCAAAGAUGACAUUUUUCAUGUGUUUGAUAAUGUAUCACACUCUCAGUGUAUUCUGGGAGACUUAAGGUCUAAGUUUUCUAAUCAGUAUGCUGUUUUUGUACCACAGUGCUUAAAACUCCAAUCGAAACGUAA